AUGACAUUCAAAAGUCAUCAGCUCCAGAACUUGCUGUCGAAUCCUGCAGAUUUAGGAAAAGCAAAAGACGAAUUUUUUUGGCAAAAAACAGACGGUUUUACAGUAGCUUCUUUGUCCGAGAUGCUGCCUAUAAGUUCUGUGAAUAUUCAGGGGAGAUUAUCGUUCCUAACGCAGCAUAUUUGGAAGGAAAUACUGCCUCCACGCAUCCAAUUUUUCAUAUGGUUACUGGCUCGGGAUCGAAUAUCAUCGAAUGUCACUUUGAUUUCUAGAGGUAUUCUAACUUCAGAAAAUUCUAAAUGUGAUCUUUGUGAGGAUGAUGAAUCUUCUAUGCAUAUUGUUUUGCAUUGUAAAUAUGCUUGGUUUUUUUGGAGUUCAUUGCUUCAGAAGAGCAAUCUCAGCUGGGUUUCUCCUUCUUCGUUGGAUCAAUUCUUCUGGAAUUGGAAUUCUUUAUCGUCGGGAAGACACAAAAAGCUUUGGAAGCUCAUAUGGUUCUUUGGCAUCUGGCAUCUCUGGAAAGCCAGAAAUAAUAGAGUCUUCAACGAUUCUAUCGAUGACAUUCAUAGUUUACAGUUUCAGAGUAUUGGUCGAACUGUCGAAUUUUAUAGGGCUAGGAAUCAUAGCUUUGAAUAUUCAGGAGCAGACGUGUUUCGUUCAUUAGACUACUUUUGUAAUUAUGUUUAG